CUUCUUAUUCGUGAAAAUUUGCCACUUAACCUUGUAUCAAAAGAAUCAUUUUAUGAAUUCGUUUAUAACCUGGAUUCUAUAUUUACAAUAUCAUGUGAAAAAACCGUCAAACAACUUAUUCACAUUACUUAUAACAACUCAACAAAUUUAUUAAAACAACAACUAGAAUCUACUAGUAAAACUAUGAUUUGGGAUACUAAAGAAUAUCUUCGUGUAAAAUACGAUGUUUUAACUAGAUGGAACUCAAGUUUUUUAGCAUGGGAACGACUCCUUUUAGUUCGAGACUAUAUUGAUAUUGUCUUAAUUAUGUUAAGCAAAGACAAUACACCAGAUGCACAUCAAAAUUAUAAUCGCCUUAAAAAGAUUAUGUUAACUGAUAAUGAGUGGAACUUAAUAAGUAAUUUAACUAAUUUACUUGGACCAUUUAAUGAAUAUUCCGAAUAUUUUAGUGGUAGUGAAUAUGUCACGAUCAGCAUGAUGUAUCCAUUAAUUAAUACACUUAUAGUCAAAUUAUGUCCUAUUACUCAAGAUUUUCAUUCAACUUUGGAUUUUAAUUCAAACGAUAUUGCAUUUGAUGAUGAUCUUAAAUAUAAAGAUAACGAAGAAGAAACUAUAAUAGGACCAAAAAAAUGA